AUGAGACUUCGACGUAUGGUUGCGCUUGCCCGGAUGUUUCAGAGUGACCGUCCAGCAACGUACUGUAAAGUCAAUGUGGUUGUGCCUAUUCUACGCUUGUGGUUGGACGUCGAAUUGGACACAAAACCUGACUUCAGACUGUCCAGGCAGGCCAUGCAUUCGCUGCAACGUUCCUGCCAUGUCCCGGCCUGCUUCAAAUCCUCCAUCAUUGUCCCCGUCCCGAAGAAGCCCAGGAUCACAGGACUCAAUGACUACAGACCUGUAGCACUUACGUCUGUCGUCAUGAAGUCAUUUGAACGCCUGGUUCUCUCCCAUCUCAAGUCCCUCACCUCCCCCCUCCUGGACCCCCUGCAGUUCGCCUACAGAGCCAACAGAUCUGUAGACGACGCCAUUAACCUGGCCCUCCACCACAUCCUACAGCACCUGGACUCCCCGGGGACCUACGCCAGGGUCCUGUUCGUGGACUUCAGCUCUGCCUUCAACACAAUCCUGCCAUCCCUGCUUCAGGACAAGCUCUCCCAGCUCAACGUGCCCGAUUCCACCUGCAGGUGGAUCACUGACUUCCUGACGGACAGGAAGCAGCGAGUGCGUCUGGGGAAGAAUGUCUCGGACUCUCGGAUUAUAAAUACAGGAGCCCCACAGGGCUGUGUUCUUUCUCCCCUGCUCUUCUCCCUGUACACCAACCACUGCACCUCCAGCCACGACUCCGUGAAGCUGAUCAAGAGGGAGGUGGACCGGCUGGUGUCCUGGUGCAGUGGUAACAACCUGGAGCUGAACGCCCAGAAGACAGUGGAGAUGAUUGUGGACUUCAGGAAGAGCACUGUCCCCCCGCCCCCACCCUCCGUGAUGGACUCCCCCAUCACCUCUGUGGAGUCCUUCCGUUUCCUGGGCACCACCAUCACCCAGGACCUCAAGUGGGAGCCGACCAUCAGCUCCCUCAUCAAGAAGGCCCAGCAGAGGAUGUACUUCCUGCGGCAGCUCAGGAAAGCCAAGCUGCCUGCACAGAUGUUGGUGCAGUUCUACACGGCCAUCAUCGAGUCCAUCCUCACCUCCUCCAUCACCGUGUGGUUUGCUGGAGCCACAGUCAGGGACAAACAGAGACUACAGCGCAUUGUGCGCUCUGCAGAGGAAGUGAUCGGCCGCAGCCUUCCAUCGCUGCAGGACCUGUACGUCGCCCGAGCUCGAGGCCGGGCUGGUCGUAUCACAGCCGACCCCUCUCACCCUGCACAUGGACUAUUCCAACCACUCCCCUCAGGCAGGAGGCUGCGGUCCAUCAGGACUAGAACCUCCCGCCACAAGAACAGUUUCUUCCCCUCUGCUGUUGGACUCUUGAACACUUCUUAA